AUGGGGGGCUUCUGUGGACGCAGAUUUCCAGGGUCCCAGCGGCUGCACGGUCACCGCAGCUGCCGCUUUCGCUUUCGCUGUCUCAGCGAAGAUCCUCCUUUUCUCAACAAGCAUUUUCUAUGCAGACACUUGCGAGUGUUUACCUACACAGACCAAGGCGCUCUCCUUGAGGACCAGCCAUUUGUCCUGAAUGACUGCUACUAUCAGGGUUAUGUGGAGGGAGACCCAGAAUCCCUGGUUGCCCUCAGUACCUGUUUGGGAGGUUUUCAGGGAAUAUUACAGGCAAAUGACAUUCUUUAUGAAAUAGAGCCCAAGGCACUUUCUAACACAUUUAAACAUUUCAUAUAUAAAGUGGACAGGGAGGAGACACAGUGGCCACCUAUGAGAUGUGGAGUAACAGAUGAAGAAAUUGAACAGCAACUGAAGUUUCAAGAGAAUGCUAGUUUCACUUUGAUGCAGAGUGAGUAUGAAGGCUGGUGGACCCACAGGCGGAUUCUUAAACUGGCAGUGGUGGUGGACCACAAACGCUAUAUUCAUCACCAAAGUAACGUCACAGCUGUGCAGUAUGAAGUACUACUUGUGCUCAAUGCAGUAUAUCAGUUUUUGAGUCCACUAGAUGUUGAUGUGGUUUUAAUGGGAAUUGAGGUCUGGACUGCAAAGAACCCACUUCCAAUAGGUAAUAUGGAGACUCUCCUGGACAAUUUUUGCAACUGGAAGAAAACCAGCUUGAGUAACCGCAUUCCACAUGAUGUUAUACAUCUUUUUGUAAAGCAUCACUUCGGUGUUUCUUUUGGCUUAGCCUAUUUCAGAAGCAUAUGUAGAAGUAAGAAUUGUGGAGUUGAUAGUUUCAUGACCGAUAAUUUAUAUGAUUUGGCAUACAUCGUGUCACAUGAGCUGGGUCAUAUGGGAAUGGAUCAUGAUGUAGAAACUUGUACAUGUGGACAUCAAACCUGCCUAAUGUUUUCACCGAAAGCAGUUGGAACUACAUUCAGCAACUGCAGCUAUGCUGACUUCAUGAACAUGAUGAGCUACCUGGCAAGGCGAAAUUGUAUGUACAUGUCAUCAGAUAGAGGGAACAUCUUCACACCUGCACAGUGUGGGAACAGUGUGGUUGAAGAAGGAGAAGAGUGUGACUGUGGCGCUUUACAAUUGUGUAUGAAAGAUCCAUGCUGUGAGUCCAACUGCACUCUCAGGCCUGGGGCUGCUUGUGCUUUUGGGCUUUGUUGCAAAGACUGCCAGAUCCUGCCAACAGGCAAAGUUUGUAGACAAGAGGAAAAUGAUGAUCUCCCAGAGUGGUGCAAUGGGACCUCCCACCAUUGUCCAGAGGAUGUGUACUUGCAGAAUGGGGUGUCAUGCAAGGACGGUGGCUACUGCUAUGAAAAGCGAUGCAAUAACCGUGAAGAGCAGUGCAGGAACAUUUUUGGCAAAGAGGUCAAGAGUGCAGAUCAGAGUUGCUACACAGAAAUGAACACCUUAGGUGACCGUUUUGGGAACUGUGGUUUCAGGUACUCUAGAUAUGCAAAAUGUAGCAUCUCAGAUACCUUGUGUGGGAGGAUUCAGUGUGAAAAUGUCAUAGAACUUCCCCAUCUAAAUCAUUCUACUGUGCAUUGGGCUCGCAUCAAUGAAUUCACCUACUGGAAUACCAACUACUACUUUGGGAUGACCAUACCUGACAUUGGUGAUGUGAAAGAUGGGACAGAGUGUGGGGCAGAACAUGUCUGCAUCAAAAGGAAGUGUGUCCAUAGGUCGCUUCUGUUAAAUUUUUGCUCACCUGAGAACGGCAAUAUGAGAGGAGUCUGCAACAACAGACAGCACUGCCAUUGCAACUAUGAAUGGGAUCCUCCCUACUGCCUGUAAAAAGGCAGUGGAGAUAGUAUUGACAGUGGGCCACCCCCUCAGAAGCAAAUGGGGCAAAGAACCAACUACCUGUUUGUACUUUGGUUGAUUCCUUUUAUUAUGUUAUGCCUCUUAAUUUUUUGUUUUCUGAGACACAAAAGAACAGAUGAAAGAGAAGAGUCGAAUGUGUCAUCUUCAGCAGUGCCAUCUUCAGAGGAGUAUAAAGAACAAAAUUCCAAGACUUUACCUAAAGAAAAAGAGCAAGAUGUUCCAAUUUCACCUAAGGAAGAACAGCGAAAUGUUCUACUGCAGUUUAGAAAGAAAAGCAACAAUUUGUAA